AUGAAGCUCUCCACGCUCUCUCUCUUCCUCGCGUCCGCCAUCUCCAUCUCCGCGACGUUCCUACCCGGUCCCGAUGCGCUCGACAUCGAGCGUCGUGGGCCCGAAAGGAAAUCUACGAUCCGCACCACAGCCACGCCCACCCAUACGAUAACUAGCACCCCGCUUCCCACGCUGUCCCAGCUUCACGGCGAGGCAGCUGCCGCCGGCGGUGUGCUGGCGGCAGAUACAGUGCAGGGCAACGGGCAGGCUGUUGGCGACAACGGCUCAUCCGAGUGCUUCGUCCACAUCAACGGAUUUGGCGCCGGGCCCGGGAAGGGGCAUACGCUCAACGCUUCCAUCGCCUCGUCAGUGGCGUUGGGCAGUGGUGCCGACGGUACCUAUGGGUCUGCGGCUGCGGGUACGAUAGCGGCGGUUAUGAACCCCAACGCCACGAACGUGAAGCUCACCUCUGUCUCCUUUGGCAAUUCGUCCACCUUCCAGGCCAAGAACGGCUCAAUCAUUACAAUUGCCUACGCUUCGUCGACCAGCAUCGUCGAGGACGACCAAGGUGAUUACGCCAUCUACUGGGCGUGGGCAUACACUGUAGCAGGACCGGGCGCGAAUUAUACACGCGGCGACAACGGCGGCCGUUCACAUGGCAUGGUCUAUGCCGUCGGCCAGUACAGUGGCGUCUCCACGAGUCCUGGCGGCAGCACCGAUGAUCAGCAAUUCAGUUCGAUCUUCGACGGCGGCGAAGGAUACACUUUCAAUGUAGGCAUUGACGAGGGAACGGCGCCUUACACCCCCGGGACGUACGCUGGCCAGCCGGCGACGGCGAGCUUCAACGAAAACGCGGGCGGUGCAGCUGGCUCGCCUGUCGUAGGUGUUGUGGCAGUGGCCGCGGCUGCAGCUGCUUCGCCAACCGGUGCUGCUGACGCUGUCCGCGGUGGAGGUCCUCUCAAUGCUGUGGCGUAUGUUGACCAGGACACUGCCUCGGCUACAGCUGGGUAG